UUUGAUUGGGCCACUGUAAAUUUGUUUCAGACAUGGCCGAAACAGCAGGAGAGGGAGCGCAAGGAGGAGCAUAUUCUAACAAAGAGAGAAUAAAAUACAGCCCCGAAGAGGAGGCCAGGCUGGAAAGACAGCAUUUCUGGAGAAUAAUCGAUGCUUUUAGAUUUUACAGGGUCCAUGUCGAGGAGCAGGUCAAGCGUGCCGAGCGUCAGUUUCGGAGCCUACCACAGCACCACCAGAAUUUGCUGCCAGAUGUUUUGUCCAACCUGGCCCAGAUCAGGCAGUGUGCAGACCACAACCAGGAUUUGCUACAGGCGAUCAUUCACAACAGCCUCCACAUGUUUGAGAACAUUGAGUAUGGCGAGAGGGAGGAUCCGCGGAAGGCGCGGCCAUCCACUACGUUUGACAUGGACAAGCUUAAGUCCACCAUAAAACAGUUUGUCAGAGACUGGAGCGAGGUGGGCCGGGCUGAGAGGGACACCUGCUACCAACCCAUCAUCCAAGAGAUCCAAAGACUCUUCCCAAGUGACCAAUAUGAUGUGUCUAAGGUGAGCGUGCUGGUUCCGGGUGCUGGGCUUGGCCGUCUAGCCUGGGAGAUCGCUCGGCUGGGUUAUAUUUGCCAGGGCAACGAAUGGAGCUUCUUCAUGCUCUUCUCUUCAAACUUUGUUCUCAAUAGGUGUGAAAAGGUGAACUCUCUGACCCUGUACCCCUGGAUCCACCAGUUUAGCAACAACAAGAAAUCCUCCGACCAAACACGACCAAUCGCAUUCCCUGAUGUCAACCCUCAGAGCUUACCACUAAGUUCAGACUUCUCCAUGGUAGCAGGGGACUUCGUGGAAGUCUACAGUGACUCAGAUUCCUGGGACUGUGUGGCUACCUGCUUCUUUAUUGACACAGCUCAUAAUGUCAUUGAGUAUGUGGAGACUAUCUGGAAGAUUCUUAAGCCUGGUGGAGUAUGGAUCAACCUGGGUCCACUGCUGUACCACUUCGAGAACAUGGCCAAUGAGCUCUCAGUUGAACUUAGCUACGAAGACAUUAGGACAGCGAUUGUUAACUUUGGCUUCCACAUAGAGGUGGAGAAAGAGUCAGUUCAGACCACCUACACAGAGAACGACCGCUCUAUGUUGAGAUAUGUUUACGACUGUGUCUUCUUUGUGGCACGAAAACCCGCUGACCUGUACUUUAACGGUCAAGAAGACGACCAACAACAGAGUUCUCCACCAGCCGCUAAGUCACCACGGCGAGAAGAUACAGACAGCCUGACGUGACAGGAAAUCCUUUGACAAAAACAGUGAACUUAGAGGACUGAGUAAAGAUUGGACUGACAAAACAAAAAGAAAAUGGACACCGAAGAAAAAAAUCAGUGGACAUAAAUUUUCUUUUUUGUCGUACAUAUUUUUUUAUGAUGCAUCUCAUGGAGAUUUUUGUGGGAUGGACUAAACACCUGAAUAUGGCUCACAUUGUAGAAUGAAAUACGAAAUAUUGCAGUACUAUGUUAUGCAUAUAACCUGAAAAACAUCUAAAUACUAUACAUCUCUUGAUACCUAGGGAUUGACAAGUCAGUUACCCUUGGUUGCUAUUUUGUUUUAGUGGCUUGUGUGUCAGCUACAAGCCUUGAAGGGUAGAUUUCUUUUAACCGCGGUCUUACUAAUUCUCGUCUCCAUUGACUUUAACUGCCAGAGAGAGAGAGAGAGAGAGAGAGAGAGAGAGUGUGAGAUAGGACAGUGUGAUGUGAACAUUUGCUUUUGAAAUCUAUUUAUUUUUUUCAAAUAUGGUGCCAAUAACUAUGUCUACUCAUUUGCAUUCAUCAUCAGUCAACACUGAAAAUUGAAUCAAAACAUGUUUCAGCUUUUCAGGAAUACGUUGUUUUAAAGAUGGAGAUGACUUUCAUUGACUUUUCUGGUUUCUAAUCACACUUUGGAAUAAAGCCAAACAUUUAAAGAAA